AUGGCGGUAUUAGGUUUGGGCAAAAUUGCAGAAAAGCUGAAAUCGGCCAAAACCAAAGAAAGAAAUGACGCCAUAGCCGAACUUGCUGAUAUCGAUGAUGCCGUUCUGAUCAGAAUUGCAGAUGAUGCCAGUCAGUUCGUUCCCAUACUGGGUACAGUUAAGGGCCUUCUAGAUGGUCUCUCCAUUGAGCUGCAAGCCUAUUCCCCCGACACCGCUCCCAAAGAUGCUCAAUUAUCAAGAAUACACAGACUUUCAACCCUGAUUCGUCGUCUGGCUGGAACUGUCCUGCUGAGAUCAAAUUUCAGACAUGGCAAGCUGGGCACCAAGAGGUACGAGUCAUUCAUUGCCCAUAUCUGCAGUCUAACACUGUGGAGUGAUAAGGUGUCGCAGAAGGACCAAAUGUUCAAACCGGCGGCUUACAGUCUGAUGACUUCAUUAUGUUCACUUCUGAGCAUGAAAGAGUACGCAGAUCACCUCAAUUCGUCCUCAUAUUCAGAUCUCGUCAAGUUCGUGAUCAGAUGCAUCAACUGCAUGAUGAGCCCGGAGAAUAUCGAGAAUAGGUAUUCCGGGUUUCCAAUCACCAAGAUUACGAUUGAAUGUUUUAAACUGCUCCAAACCAUUCUGACCCCCGAUUCAGAUGGAGAUUUCAUCUUCUUGUGCAACAAUAGUCUGAACCCUAAUGAGAACUACUACCUAAGACUGGUACUGGCCAUUGAGAGAUUCUACACCGAGGGCUAUUCAAGGGGCCUUUCCUCUUCACAAAGUAUGAUACAUGUUUUCAACGUCAUAAACAUACUGUUGGUCAGUCUUUCGAAAAAAGAUUUCAAGCUGGGAAACAAACUUUGCAGAUUGUCGAUAUGCUUCAUUGAGGAUACUGCUACCGUCUCUCAUGAUCUGCCGGAGCUGUUUGCCAGGUUUGCGCAUAUAUGUUUCUAUUAUGCUUUGAAUGCACAAUUCGAGGAAGAGAGACUCACCAGAGAUGAAAUUUUUAUCGUUAUUGAGAAGCUGAGUGUAGCUCAUUCGGAUGCUCGAGUGUAUAAGCCUCUGAGCCCAAACGUGAUCAAGCUUCACUCCCAGAAAAACGAAAACGUCUUGGACUGGUACCAUUUCAAAUAUUGUUCGCUAGCAGAUGAUGACUACAAAAGAGAAUGGAAUAUCAUGACGGCAUUGGUGAAAUGUGUCGUUCUCUAUUUCGAACUCCCUCCCAGUUCCAGCAUUGGUGAUGGACGCAAGAGACGCAAGACAAUGGCCUCAAGUGAUCGUCUUUGUGAAGCAAUCAGAGCAGUUGACGAUCUGACUGGCAUUUUGCAUUUUUCCUUGAAUUCUACUGACCCAAAAAACAGGAUGUUCUCUUUGCAAUUUGUGUUUUUCAUCAUAUGCUUUGCCAGCACCAAUAGUCACUUGAGCAUAUGGAUGAAAGUCACGAAGUCGAUAGCUUCACGUUUAAAACUCAAGCUUUAUAUGAGUCACCUGACUGCCCCAGAAUACCAAGAUCAUAAGCUUUGGGCCAUGUUGUUCAUAGCCAUCAGUCUCAGGUCUGGGUCCACUAUGCUGACUCAGGAAGAUAGGUCUGGGAAUUUCCAGAAAAUGUUAGCCGUGUGUUUGGAGUCUGUCAGUCUCAAAGAGCAGGAUGUUUUAUCUUGUGCACUUGCUUCUAUAUUACUCCAGCAAAAAGACAUCAAAUAUAACUCGGUUAUCAUGGAUAGGUUGGAAUUACUGGUUGCAGACCCGAGGUCCAACGGACCACUUUCGAUCAACACCGAGUCGCUGAGCUUCAUGGUGGCUUUGCACAAUGCUUGUCGAGCAAUCAGGUUGAAAUCAUUGAAAUCACACCGGUCUCGUGUUUCCAGUUUCAUUGCCGAUCAGUUGAUCGACUGGCUGGACUCUCGUCUUCCCAGUUUCCUCGCUGUUAGACAGAAGAUUGACGAUAUCAAGACACUGGCUGCUUUUGUGAACUGGGUUCAAGGAAAUGAUAAAAUCAACUUAGAAAACUCCAGUCAUCAACCUGUGUAUAGACCCUCUUCAGAAUGGUGGAUUGAAUCUCGUCAGCUUCGAGUUUACCCGUACCUAGAGGUUUCGUUUGCUUUGCUAAAUAAUGAGCCAUGGGCUCAAUGGCAUGACAGUGACUGCAAAUUGCAUGCAGAGAUUAUCCCAGUGGAUUUUCGGUCGAGAAAAUUGAUGCUGGAUGCAUAUUGGACCUCGCAUAUUCCUGCAGAUUCCUAUAACUUAACUGUGUUAGGCGUGGAGAUGGCCAAGGUUUCUGCCAGUGGUGAACUAAGUAGCUAUAUCGGAGCUCAUACCAGCAUUGCUCUGGAAGCAGGUGACUUUAGAACGCUGAGAGACUUGUUUUAUUCUUCCGAAAGCUUACCUUCAGCGACUCUGUUCUCUGGGGUUGUUUUGGAUGAACUCAUGUCUCGUCUCUCGGACUUCUCCAAUACGGUAUCAAAAGGCCACAGCGUGAGCGCUGUGUAUUUGGAGUCUUCUGGAGAGCUAAGGAGCAUGGAUUUUGACCAGUAUGUGAUUGCCUAUUUUUGGCGUUCUUUGGACUUGGCCAGUUUCAUGAGCUAUUCUGUAAAGUAUCUGCGGACCUUGCAGUAUGCUCCGCAGAUUUCUAAAUGUUUCGAAGAGAUCUUGAGGAGACUGACGUCUUUUUCCUUUGACAAAAACUCAUGGCAAUCUUGGGAGAAGCUCAUUCGAGAUUUUGCAGAAACAUUAUUCGGAAGUUAUGAUCUGGAAAGGACCAACUCCACAAUCACGCUCUCGGCCACGCUUGUGUGCCAUAUGCUUAAAUCAUGGGACAUGGUUCCAGAGCAUAUGAAGCAGGAUUUGUCUGACAUAUGUCGUUUCCUUACUGAGUUACACUCACAGAAUUUGGUUCUCUUUGAGGACGGGGUUGCUUCAAUGUUGGCCCUUUUUUCUUCCCUCGAAGGAGUAACUGAGAAUUUGUCUGAAAAUUUGUCUGAAGUGGUCCAAUCGUACAUUAAGACACUCACAAAUAGUCAAUCAUCUACAGUGUACUUGGCUGCCUCAACAAAUCCAAUAUCUAAGAUUUCCACUGACCAUUUUGUCACUUUCCGAAGUUGUUUCACUCAUCCCGAAGAGUCACCAGAGUCAAUUAGUCUGUUCUUUCAAUGCAUGAGCAAGAUAUCGGGAAUCUCUCCAGCUGUACUGGUACUCUCUGUUUUUGAAGUGAUCCAAACCCUGAGACUAUCUGAACAGCAUAAUUCUCGAAUUAUUGCUUCUUAUUUCAUGAAGAGCAUUUCUGAAAACCGUGUGCUAGAUAGCAUUGUGGAGCCGGUCAUGAAGUACUGGUGGACCUCGAACUCUUCUUUUGAGGGCUUCCCAUAUUACUUGUUUGUCAGUGAAAAAACAUUGCCUUUUCCUAAACGGUAUUCAAGAAUGGCUGCUGCGUUGGCCAUUGCUUUCCCCACUGAUGCUUCGUUGCUAACUCUGGAGGAGGCACAAGCGUCAGAGUUUGAGAACACCGAGACUUCGCUGGAUAAAAUUAUUUUCGCAGCAUCUUCCUUGGCUAUUGCAUACGCCUUUACCAAAGGAGGCAGCAGGAAUAACGUUUUCAAAUUUUUGUCUCUGAAUUUAAGUGCGGAUCGCUACGAGCAGGUAGUUGGGCAGAACACUGUGCAUACUGUUAGUAACAUCCUACGACUCUCAAAUGUGAACAGUGAGUCCAGCAUGCUUCUUGCCCUUAAAAGGCUUGGAAUCGAGAACAUUACAAGCUCAGUUCUGGAUGAGUCUUCUGAGACUCUCGCCAUGCAAGACUUCCUCUCGAUAUCGCCGAACACCACGGUGGAGUCCUUGAAGGCUGUCAUAACCCACAAAUACCCCCAGGCCUACGACUUUUGGAGCCCCUCGGUUGUCUAUUUUCUACUCCAGCAAGCGAUAAUGCAACUUGAAAGUACCAAAAUGCCUCAUAUGAAAGCCUCUGUCAUCAGAAUAUGCAAGCUCAUUUUCCUGCUUGCGUCUAAUUCGUUUUGCUCUGUCGAUGUGUUGGGGCUAACAGUGCGGUAUCUAGCUCCAUAUCUCCAGGAUGAACACGUUCACGCAGAUGUUUCGAAACUAAUUACUGCCGCAAUUAAAGACGGUCGAUUCCCCAAGAUUAUUCUUCUUCAAGUGUUAAGUUUUCUACUUCUGUCCAAGGCUUCUGGAGUAACAACCGAUAUGGCUCUGAUAGCUGCCAUUCAAGACAACACCUUGAAUAUGGAUGAGAAAGACCCAUUGGGCCACAUUAUCAAUGCUGCAUUGCAAACUUUGAAUAACCGACCUUGCUUGCUGACCGUUCAAAGUAUUUGUGAAACGAUAACUUUGUUGGAAAACGAGACUGACAUUGACGAUGACAAUAACAACGGCAACGAGAAAGACGUUGAAAACGCAUUGAUUUCCAUUCUUUCAAGCUUGUUCGAAUUGCAGGAAUUUACUCCGAGCAUUCCCGUCAUAGAUUCCAAAAUUGCAUCAUGGAUGAUUUCCCAUUGUGACUCGACGCAGUCUAGCACUUUUGCUGUUUGGAUCGGGAAAAGUCUGGGGUACUACUGCAUCAAGAAUGGUGGGGUCAACGUCGACUCUAUGGUUAAAAAGUAUACCAAUGAUUUCCAGACAUCUUCCAGUCUAGAUUCGGUUUUCCGGAUUCUAAAGAAUCAUAAGGCAAAGGGCGGGAUAACAGCGGAGUUUCGUUUCAACACAAUGGUAGGUUAUAUUCUUCAUGAGAUAUCUACUGCCGGUGCUGCAGGUGCUGCAGGUGCACAAACCUUAAACAACCUAGAUGUUGAUAGAGUAUUCCCCAACUGCCAAAGCUACAUUAUGCCAAUAAUAGAUUUCGGCUAUCUUCAUUCAGACUUUUAUGAAAGCACAUUCAUCAGAAACAAUCAAAAAAGCCUCGAAGAGCUCGUCAAAGAGAUCGGAACGUCUCCUGUUGGCUCCCAUGAUAUCCUUGAUACGCUGUUGGAUCGAAUCGAAUCGCGGACGCCGCUUGCUCCUCUCUUAAAGUAUCACUUGAAGAAGAGUCCGGAGUUGGUAAAACACGUGUUCUCUGCUUUGUGGAUUUAUAUUAUUUCUGUGGGCGGCGAGGAGGAGCGUGAGCUCGUGAUCACACUGAUGAAUAACGGAAUUAAUCAAAAUUUUGGCGAGCAUGAGUCGACUCUACGAGACCUCUGUGAGCUAGCACUGCAUAUACGUGUCCUGUCUCGAAACGAAGUCGAGCAAUUUGCAGGGGUCUUUUCUAAACUCGACGCAAUCAAAGUUGCUGAGCUCUGCUGCAAGUUCAAAGAUCCAAAAGCAGCAUUGAUGUUGCUGGAAGAUGCGCAUUUUUCGGGGUUUUCUGAUUGGAGGCUCGAUAUUGAACUACUUUCUCGUGUCUACUCACUUUUAGAUGAAGAAGACUUGGCGUAUGGACUGCCUGUGACCCCAAACCUAGAUUACGUCAAGAGAAUCACAUAUGAAGCCACUAAUGAUUCCCACAGGAAAUUGUUGCUUUCCAAUGCUGAGCUAAAUUCAGUGUUUGCAUUGGGCGAAAACUCCCUGAAGACUGAAAACGUCAUGCAAAGUAUGCUCGACUUCGGGUUCACAGGGAUGUCAAAGGUUUUUUCGGAAGGUCAGGACGAAGAAAGCCAGGACAAAGACACAUUCUAUGAAUGGGCUUGGAAACUGAACCAAUGGGAUGUCCAGGAACCAGUAAACCCUACGUCUCUGGACUCAUUUACGUUUACCUUUCUUAAAGGUCUGCAAUGUGAGAAACCAUUUGGGCCUGUUUGCAAGACUUUGGUCGAAAAUAAAAAGGCUUUUGCUCCUGGGUUGACACCCUCCAAGCGUCUUGAAUCGUGGCUGUCCACCUUGAGUAUUGGAUCUCUUUCUUAUCAGUAUGAUAUUGACGAUAUCAGGGGAAAUUUUGGGGAACACAUAUUGAGGUCUCUUGAAUCAAUAUCGUGGCUCCACGAAGCUGACUUCAGCACGGCUGAGAAUUUACUUCUUGCAAGCAGAGCUUCCUUCGAGAUUUUGAUGAACCGCUCAAUGUUUGAAAAUCGUAACACUUUGUUUCUGGCAGCCCUUGCGGCAACAGAUAGAUUAUCUCGGCUAGCCAUAGCCAACAAUGAGAACCAAAAGUCUCUGGAUUGUUCCGUCUACAUGGAGAGAUUCAUAGAGACCAGUCAAGUGCCACAUGAGGUCAAAGAGUAUGCCAGACGAUUCUCAAAGUUCAACCUCGCUUCCGCCUUUUGGGGAUUGGGUGAUACUUCAUUCCCCGUGGAGAUGUUGAAACAGUUGUCGAGCGAUGAUUUGGUUCCAUCGUCGUUCCACUCGCCGCUAACAGAGUUGGAGCUUCCUAGGCCAUUGUUACGGGCCUAUCUUGUGAAGUGGAUGUCGGAGUCCAAGCACAUGAGUUCAGAUGUGAUCUUCGAUCAAUAUGUUGACGAAGGAACAGCUAACGAUUUCCGAGAUGUGCACCAGCGUGCCACUAUGUAUCACAUGUUUGCAGAAUUCUGUUACAAUGAAUAUCAGUCGAAGGUUCUCCUCGACCAGCUAAAGCAUCACGAGCAGCUCCGGUCAAAACGCAUGAAAGAAUACGUGGAUCUGAAGCUCUUUUCCGAGAAUCGCGGAAACCCCAUGGAGCAGAUAAGAGAUGCUGUCAGGGUUUCGAGGAAGACAAAGACUCAGAUCUUGGCUGACGAAGAGGAAAUUUUGCGCAUCAAGACCAACAGAGAGAGGUGUUUUGCUGGUGCAGUCAGAUUCUACCCAAUCGCCCUCUCUUUAUCUGAUGAGUUUGACUAUACGGACGUGGACAAGUUCUGUGCCCUAUGGCUUGAGAACGGAAGCAAUUCCAACCACGAUUUUGAUCCUCAUCUUCAAAAAAUUCCAUCUUUUAAAUUUUUGUCAUGGGCCAAUCAACUUGUGUCAAGACUUCUUUCAGAAAUUAAUCCAUUCCAGACUGCCUUGGAGAAUGUCAUCGCGAGAGUGUCCCUUGCAUAUCCCAUGCAUAUGCUGUAUCUGGUGAAGUCACUAACAAUGAUUGAGCUGCACACAGAUGAUGCAGUUGCAGGGUCAAGAGUUGAAGCUGCUGAUAAGCUUUGGCAUAAACUCGGAUUAAAUUCGAGUCUUUCUACUCAGAUAGAAGCCAUUAAUCAAUUUUGUCAACAUGCAAUGGCGCUGGCAAAGGCUACACUUGAAAAACGUUCCAAGAUACCUCUAAGCAGCCUUGCAGAUGGAAGAUGGUGGAAGAGUGGACUGGUGAAUCUCAAGCUGACCCCUCCAACAAUCACAUUACCUGUGGAAAAUUCUGAAUUGCCUACGAUCGUUGCCACUUCAGAAAAAAUAGCCGUCGCCAGUUCCGGAAUAAGUUUGCCCAAAAUCCUCACGUUCACCCUCUCUACUGGUGGUACACACAGAAUCCUAUUCAAGAGCGGCACGGACGAUCUAAGACAGGAUUCCAUUAUGGAGCAGGUCUUUGAGAAGGUGAAUGUGCUGCUUUUGAAAGACAAAGAGACUAAGCGCAGAAAUCUCAGAAUACGCACUUAUAAGGUGGUGCCUCUUGGAUCUGUGUCUGGGGUGAUUGAAUUCGUGAACAACUCUGUGGCCUUGAAUGAUAUACUGAGGCCUUUGCAUGAAAAGACAGAUGAACUGUCUUUUGGCUCAGCGAGAAAAACACUGAAAAAGUACCAGAAUGAUACCCGCAAUAAGAAGAUCAUGGCUUACGAUAAAAUCUGUGAGCUUAUCAAGCCAGUGCUCAGCCAGUUCUUCUUCAACAAGUUUUUGACACCGGAAAGGUGGUAUAACAGUCGCUUGGUAUAUACCCAUGGUGUUGCCAGUAGCUCAAUCGCGGGCUAUGUACUGGGACUUGGUGAUCGUCAUAAUAACAACAUCCUGCUCGACCAGUACACAGGUGAGCCCAUCCAUAUCGAUUUGGGGGUGGCUUUUGACCAGGGCAAACUGUUACCGAUUCCCGAGACCGUUCCCUUCAGACUUACCAGAGACAUUGUGGACGGUCUUGGGAUUACCGGGGUCAAGGGAAUGUUCACCAAAAGCUGCGAGCAUGUGUUCCGGGUGCUGAAGACGAACGACCAAAACAUCAGGAGUAUUCUUGACGUACUCCGCUACGAUCCGCUCUACUCCUGGACAGUCUCUCCUCUGAAAUUGAUCGAAUUACAGGCCAGAGAGGAUGUCAAUGUUCCUCUUCCAAAACCGCAAGGCGAGUCUGAAGCGAACAAUGCCAUAAUGGGUGUCCAGGCAAAGCUUGAUGCUAGAGGUCUUAGUAUAGAGGCUAUGGUAAGAGAGCUAAUUAGUGAAGCGACAGAUGCGCGCAAUCUGGCUCAGAUAUACGUUGGAUGGAGUCCAUUCUAUUGA